AUGGGUGCGUGGUUGGGUUUGCGAGGCGAUGCGGACAUUGACGCCUUCUACAACUCCCUGCUGACGGGAUCGGGCGGUGACCCCCCCAAGGGCACCGUGCUGUCGGAGCUCAUCGUAAAGUUCUUCCACGGCGAUUUCACGCCCCAGGGCUUCAAGCGCUACUCUGGCCUGUGGAAGGGCCCUCCUCCUGGCAACAUCGGCAAGAAGGACAUUGCCAUCGGUGUUGAGAAGCUGAAGGAGCAGAUGGCCAACCCCAUGUUCGUGACCAAGGGCGGCGUGGGCUACGGUGUGGAUGAGACGCAGAAGGUGGUGGACGAUGGCAAGGGCUGGGUCUGGCUGGCAGCCGAGAUGAGCCCGGGAGGCCUCGCCGUGGAGCUCUUCAAGGCCGUGCCCUACGGCAAGCGUGCUGUGCUGGUGGCCAAGCAGAACAACGUGGCGGAGCUCUUCGACAAGGUGAAUUGGGAUACAGCCCUGGGGAACAUCGAGAAGACCUUCGGCGGGCCUCAGGUGUGGAGCGGCCUUGUGCCAACCAGUUUUCUGCCUAAAGGCGAUGCCUGGUCAGCCGUGCUGGCCGUCGGGGCCUUCACCCUGACGCGCCUCUGCUUCGUGGCGCCGCCGCCUGCGGUGCACCAGCCGUUGCGCCAGAGCCAGGUGGCACUGCAGGCGCGUGGCGGCGGCGAGUACGACGUCAGCGACGCGGACAUUGAUGCCUUCUACAACUCCCUGCUGACAGGAUCGGGCGGUGACCCCCCCAAGGGCACCGUGCUGGCGAAGCUCAUCGUGAAGUUCUUCCACGGCGAUUUCACGCCCCAGGGCUUCAAGCGCUACUCUGGCCUGUGGAAGGGCCCUCCUCCUGGCAACUUCGGCAAGAAGGACGUUGCCAUCGGUGUUGAGAAGCUGAAGGAGCAGAUGGCCAACCCCAUGUUCGUGACCAAGGGCGGCGUGGGCUACGGUGUGGAUGAGACGCAGAAGGUGGUGGACGAUGGCAAGGGCUGGGUCUGGCUGGCAGCCGAGAUUAGACGGGGAGGCCUCGCCAUGGAGCUCUUCAAGGCCGUGCCCUACGGCAAGCGUGCUGUGCUGGUGGCCAAGCAGAACAACGUGGCGGAGCUCUUCGACAAGGUGAAUUGGGGUAGAGCCCUGGGGAACAUCGAGAAUACCUUCGGCGGGCCUCAGGCCAGGCCUUUCAUCCCAGUGAAGCUGCGCUGA